UUUUGCUUUUUUUUUUAACAACUUUUGAACAAGUGGAUACCGAAGGAGGCGCAGGUCUAUGUCAGUGAGGAUUCUGUCACACCUGUUUGCUGUAGCUGCCCUACAUCUGAUCCACAGUUCUUACAAGAUGCAUUGCUGAGCUAAUGGAAAUUAAACAUCUUUAUAAUGUCAAAAACAUCUUACAGGAGUAAGAUAACUUCUGCUAAGAUUACAGACUGGGUAGAGCCAUCAUUUGAAGACAUUUUUGGAAAUACAAGCAAAGUUUCAACCCAGUCAUCAGGAGCAGUUAAGAAAAGUUUGAAAAAGGAUGAAUCUUUGUUAGAGCGCAAAACACAGAGAAAGAAAAGAGCGAACCCUUUUUCCACAAAUCAAACCAGUGAGCAGGUCAAGACAACAUUAGACCAAUCGCAAAAUGACCCAUGGAUUGAUAAAUACAGACCAGAAUUUCAGGCAGAGCUUGCUGUUCAUAAGAAGAAGAUUGAAGAAGUUGAAACUUGGUUAAGAAGUAAUGUUGGACAGAAGCCUCAGAAACGGGGUGGGUUAAUAUUAUUACUUACUGGACCACCAGGCUGUGGAAAGUCUGCAACUAUUCAGGUAUUGGCUAAAGAAAUGGGAAUCCAGGUCCAAGAGUGGGUCAACCCACUUACACAGGAGUACAAACCUGAUGAACCACCUGAGGUUUUUGACAGAGAUUCAGGAUUUCGAUUUUUCAACCAGUCUCAGUCAGCUCUCUUUCAUGACUUUCUUCUGAGAGCAAAUAAGUACAACAAAUUACAGAUGCUCGGAGAAUCACCCAGUACUGAUAAGAAAGUCAUUAUUGUGGAGGAUAUGCCUAAUCAGUUCUUUAGGGAUCCUUCAAGUUUGCACGGUAUUCUUAGGAAGUUUGUGCACAGUGGGCGCUGCCCCCUGGUGUUUAUCAUUUCAGACAGCAUCAGUGGAGACAGCCACCAAAGACGGCUAUUCCCAAAGGAGAUACAAGAUGAAUUAUUGGUUUGUAAUAUUAGUUUCAACCCAGUAGCUCCAACAAGUAUGAUGAAAGUACUGACUCGAAUUGCUACCUCAGAGGCCAGUAUGAGUGGUGGUAAAUGUACUAUUCCUGAUAAACCUACACUCGAGUUACUGUGCAGUGGCAGCUCUGGAGAUAUCAGAAGUGCCAUUAACAGUCUACAGUUCUCAGCACUGAAAGACAAUUCAUUACCAAAUGAUUUCUGGGCUAAAAAGAAAGGAAAAACAUCAAAGGUAAAGGAGAAAAAGAAGUCUGGUAAAGUACAAAAGAAUACUGAAGAAGUUCAGGCUAUAGGUGGAAAAGAUGCCUCUCUCUUCUUGUUCCGAGCCUUGGGAAAAAUACUCUACUGUAAAAGGGAAGCUCCACCUGUCGAUACAAAUGAUCAUCGUUUACCUGCACAUUUAUCAGAACAUGAAAGAGACUUGCUCCUUGUUCUCCCAGAGGCUGUUGUAGAAAAAUCUCAUAUGUCCAGUGAUCUGUUCAAUUUAUAUCUUCACCAAAACUACCUAGAUUUUUUCUCUAGUAUAGAUGAUAUUGUUCGAGCAAGCGAGUAUCUGAGUGCUGCAGACCUUCUCACUGGAGACUGGAACUUUCGUUCCACACUUAGUGUUUACAGUUCAUCCGUUGCCAGCAGAGGAAUCAUUCAUGCCAACAGCGCAAGGGCGUCUGCCAACUGUCAAGGCGGAGUUGGGUUUAAGCCUCUUCACAAACCUCAGUGGCUGUUUGUAAAUAAAAAGUACCAAGAAAAUUGCCUUGCAGCAAGAUCGCUUUUCCUAAAUUCCUGCUCAUCACCAUUAUGUCUUCAGACUCAGGUGUUACCAUAUCUAGCUAUGCUCACAAAUCCACUGAGAAAUCAAGCCCAGAUUGCAUUUAUACAGGAUGUGGGUCGCUUACCCUUGAAAAGACAUUUUGGAAGGUUAAAGCUUGAAGCCCUUACUGAUAAAGAUCCCGGUGUUCCAGAGAGUGGAGAAGAUGACGACUCUACUUGUUUUGGAGCUGAAAAAGAAAGAUAUGAGAUAGACAAAUCCAAUACUAAAAAGGGUAAUGGAUCAGAGCCUUCCACACCCUCCUCUAGUCAAGGAGUGGAAAGUGAGCUGACAGCUAGCCAGCCCCAACCAUCUGCUGCCAUGUCAGCUACGGAGGAAGCAGAUUUCAAGAUAGAAGAAUAUGAUAGUGACUGAUAGCUACCAGCAGCAUUUGUGACUGGAGUGCAAGAAAAUCCUACAUGUUGGCUCAAAGCCCUAAUAUUAUCAAUAGGUCACAGAAAAAAAGAACUAUUGCAUUUAAUGCAGUUGCUUUUUAGAAGCAGCACUUUCUUUUUGAGACCAAUGUGCAGUAUUUUUGAUUAAAUUGUUUUGAUUUUUUAUUUGUAUUUUUUUAUUUUUCCCGAAAAUUCCAAUUGGAAUAUACUGUGCUCAAGAUAUUCAAAAUGAACUGUAUUUAUCGUAAAAAAGAAAAUGUGAAUUUAUGUAAAGUUCUGCGCUGAACUAUUUAACUAUGUAAAUAAAACUAUUGCCUUGUUCCUUU